CCUGCUUUUUUUUUUUAAGGAUAGAGCCAUUACAUUGAGUUAAUAGGUGGAAUUUAAGGACCAGGAACUCGAUGUGCAUUUGUUGUUGACAAGGAUUGGUGUGGCCCAACAAGCUCAGCAGGUCCAUAAUUAUUUAGGAAACACCCCUGUUGACUGCAAACUAAUGACUGCAUUGUGUUUGACAACUAUGCUGUGACGGUGAUGAUCGGUGGCGAGCCGUACACUCUGGGACUGUUUGACACCGCAGGCCAGGAGGACUACGACAGGCUGCGACCCCUCAGCUACCCCCAGACAGACAUCUUCCUUGUCUGCUUCUCCGUCGUGUCGCCGUCUUCCUAUGAGAACGUCAAAGAGAAGUGGGUGCCGGAGAUUACCCACCAUUGCCAGUCCACGCCGUACCUACUGGUGGGUACUCAAAUGGACCUGAGGGACGACCACAACACCCUGGAGAAGCUGGCCAAGAACAAACAGCGAGCUCUGAUGCCCGAGCACGGAGACAAGCUGGCGCGAGAUCUGAGGGCUGUCAAAUAUGUGGAGUGUUCAGCGCUGACGCAGGUCGUCCUCAGACGAGCCUUCCAUCGUUGCUUCCAGUCAUCCCGAUUCUCCAUACAUUUGGCCAGUUCCUUGCACCAAUUUGCUGGCUGGCAGCUCCUGAUGCCUUUGGCAGUGUUCUGCUGGUCUCAUUCUCCUUACAGCAAUCUUCUCGCUCACCCUUGGUAUUCCCUUGUAGAGGAUUCUGUUGGUUACGUGCGCACUCUUGUUGAUGUUAAGCACUGCACGCAGCAUCCUGGUGUAGCAUUCAUCCAGAGACUUCUCCAGGAUUGGCUUCAGGGUCCAGCAUUUGCUGCCAUAGAGGAGAACGGACUCAACUGUCGGGACAGACACGAAAAGAGAGUUGCUUGCGCCCACGCUUUUUUUUCUUUUUACCAGCUUGAUGAUUAUGAUUCAUUCCUUAUCUAAACGGUAAAAUAUAUGAACAUCCCAUCAGUUGGCACCCGAUUAAGAGCAGACAUUGUACAGUCAGUGGAUGUUUUAUUAUGUUUGUAGUUUGUAUUACUUGUUUAGUACUUAGCAAUAGUGCGACAUGCUGGAUCUGCAUGUCAUUCAGCUUCUAAAACUUGUUGUUCAUCCUCUUUAUAUUCAGGCUCAAAAAUAUAAGGCUCUCAUUAAGCCUGCCAUGAUUAAUGGUGGUGGUUGUUGUAGGAAAUACCAAACGUGAUGCGUCUGUGAAAUUAGUGUGCUGCAAUAUGCUUAAAAUGUCAAAUACGUAGAUAACACAUGUUAUUACUAAUGUGCCUGUUACUACAUUACAUACUACAUUACAACCCUCGUGUGAACAUACAUUACAUACUGUAUAUACAACGUCUAUAUACUAUAGACGUUGAUGGGUUUUUUUGGAUGUUUUUUAGAGCGAUUUAUAGGCGCAAUAGAGCCAAUCCUAUUACCUCUACUGUUAGCUGGCUUCUGCUAGCGUUUAUUUACAAGUUGGAAUGCACAAAAAAAGAACAACAUAUGUGUUCUUAUCUCACAUAAGGAUUGUGAACGAUAGACAGAAUUCCCAAAAAAGUGCAGUUUCUCUUUUAAAGCAUAAUAAUUAGCCAGAGACAACUCUUAUUUAAAGUUAAAGUUAAAGUACCAAUGAUUGUCACACACACACUAGGUGUGGCGAAAUUAUUCUCUGCAUUUAACCCAUCACCCUUGAUCACCCCCUGGGAGGUGAGGGGAGCAGUGGGCAGCAGCGGUGGCCGCGCCCGGGAAUCAUUUUUGGUGAUUUAACCCCCAAUUCCAACCCUUGAUACUGAGUGCCAAGCAGGGAGGUAAUGGGUCCCAUUUUUAUAGUCUUUGGUAUGACUCGGCCGGGGUUUGAACCCACAACCUACCGAUCUCAGGGCGGACACUCUAACCACUAGGCCACACAUUUCAAAACACUCCCUAAGGGGAACUGCACUUUUUUGAGAAUUUUGUCUAUAAUUUACAACCCUUAUUUACAACACAUAUGUUUUAUUUUUCUUUAAUGCAUUCUUAAUAUUAAAUAAAUGUGAUCAAAUGUCUGCUUCCAAUGGAGCAUAUGGGAGCUGCUCUAUUCUGCCUAUAAAGCUCUUAAAACACAUUGAACCCCCUCCAUUAAAGUUUUAUAUACAUGACGUAUAUAUUUAACAUAGUAACGGGCACAUUUAUAAUAACAUUUAAUAUUUACAUGUUUUGAUCAUUUUAAGCAUACAUGGUGCAUUCAUUUCAAAAACGCAUCACAACGUUGGCUUUUUUUCCAACAACAUAAUUUAUUACUACUCACUGACUUCAUGAGAGCCAAAACAUAUAAUAAAACAUCACUUACUGUACAAUGCCUGCUGUCAUUUGAGUACCUACUGAUAGGAUCUUGUUAUAUUCCCAUUCAUCCAUCCAUCCAUCUUCUUCCGCUUAUCCGAGAUAAUGUUACAUUCCCAUUUCAGUUAAAGAAUGACUCAAAAGAGGGGUGGAACCAAGCAUCUUUUCGUGUUGGUCUCACUGUUACCGUGUCCAAAUUGGCUGUCAAAGUAUACCAACUUGUCAGAAUACGUCCUCAUCCUUCUACUAUCCAGGUGAGAGGCAUGGUGUAUGACAAUAAACUAAACUUCUACAAUAAACUUCCACAAGCAAGGAAGCAUCUUACCACCCGAUGUCAGUAUAGGCACACUAUAAAUAGUUUGUCUGCGUUAGCACUUAUAAUACCAAUAUCACUAAUACUUGCUUAAUAUUCAAGUCACGGAAUGUAAAUGUGGUAUUGUUGGCGGUUUUCGAAUGGUUAUUUAUUGGGUUUUAUGGCCGGAAUAGAGGACUUCACAUUGGCUCUGUUGUAAGCGGACUUUUAUUUACGUUUAUUUACGAGUUAGAAUGCAUUAAAAAAAUAAAAAUACAUCUGUCAUAUCUUUUAUAACGAUUGUGAACGAAUUUCCCCCCAAGAAUGUAAAUCCCCUUUAAAUUGGGGCACUCCUAAGUUGAGGUACCACUGUACCAUAAUAUUUUUAGAAUAUGUGAGCCCCUGGCAGCACUUUAGCCACCCCUGCUGUAGAUGGACUAAAUGUGAAAAUACUUUUAUUUUAAGUUUUAUGAUUUAAUAAAGAAGGUGGCGACUUGUCCAGGGUGUACAACGCCUUCCGUCCGAAUGCAGCUGAGAUAGGCUCCAGCACCCCCCGCGACCCCGAAAGGGACAAGCGGUAGAAAAUGGAUGGAUGGAUGGAUUUAGUAAAGAACCUUACCGCAACUUCCUACUUCAGAAACAUGAUCCAGAGCAUGUUUUAAGUCCACACCCGCCACCAACGCGCAAAUGUACAUUAUCAGUCAUGCUAGCAGUCUGUUUACUGCUUGAACAUGAGUUUAGUAUUUUGUCUUUCCAUGGCGACCUGGACCACCGCGCAGGGUCACCUGCUCUUUGAUUGGUCAGCAGGACCCCUCCCAUUUUCAGCUCAUCCUGCAGGACAACUUGGUGCAGUUGAGUCCAAAGUGUUUGGACGGGCCUCCUGCACAACUAAUAUGGAAUGCAUUUUGACUUACAUGGUACUCUGACCCUGUCUGUCUGUAAAACAAAACAAAACAAAAAACACUUUCGCCCCCUUUGCCCAUCACCAUGGUGACCAGCUGCACAGGAGCACUAUUAUGGUCUGUAGCCCCCGCCCCCCGCCACUUCUUUUCUGUUAGGUGUCAGAAAUGAUAUCAUUAUGCAACACACAAUUCUGCACAAGGUGCUGAGAAGGGGGUGUCUCCAGACAUGCAGAGGGUUUCUAUGACAACUGCCCCGACUAUCUUUCUGAUUGGAGAUUGUGAUGUUAUCCGCCCCCCCCCCCCCAAAAAAAAGCACACAUGAACACUGUGUCCACGGUUUAAGAGAGGAGAUAGGUGGGGGAGGGGCCACGAUGCCAAGGCAAAAAAAGGAGACGAAAGAAAGGCGACAAGUUGGGCCUGAAAGGACAAUGGAGCGUUCGUUGGUGAGCAUGUACGCUCACCUGAGGAUGAGACCAUCCAUGGACGUCCCACAAGGGUGUUGUCCCGCUGCUGUCUUUCCACAACAACAAUUAUUUCCAUCUAUUGUUACAUUUUAACUUUAGUUUAUUAAAAAAAAAAAAAAAAAAAAGUAUUGUUUUUUCCUGCCACAGGAAAGACACAUACUACCCACAAUGCACUAGGCCUUGGAGGAAUGUGACACCCUCAAUACACAAAAAGGGAACAGAGGGAGCUUUUUUUCCCCCUUAUACCUUGUUGGACUAUUUUAAUGAGUGACAAUAACUUACUUGCUGCAGUGUCCAAUUAAUAGGCAAUCAAUGUAUUGAUUAGCGUGUGUUGCAAGCGCUUCCGCGCCACAUGAGCCGAUGUUAGCACGUAGAUGUGUCUGUGGAAAGUCUGCCUGCCGCCUGCA